UGAACAUUGAACAAUCAAAAACAAAAUGGCAGACAAGAAAGCUUCACUUUUAUUGCAAGGACCGAUUCCAGUCAAGCCAUCGACAAGUUCAAUGGUAAAUUAUUUUUAGUUGACGAUUCAGAUGUUUAGUUAUAAUUCUCUCUUGUACUAUAUAUAAUUUUAGUCAGAUUAGCAAAUAUUUUAUUCUCCGAUCCAAGUUUGCGUUUAUAUAUAUCGAAAGAAACUGAAGUUGAAUUGACCCACCCCAGAUAAUGUCUGUCGUGGCUUAUAUUGCCCAUAGUGGAAUCAGUCUAUGUUAACACCAAAAUAUAUAUUGGCAUGAACAGAUAUAGAAAAAAAUAGAUUGACAUGGCCCCAGGUGGCCGCUCCAGUCUGGAAAGUUAACUUUUUGCACGCCGGACAUCGAUUCAGGUACAUGUAAAUGUACGCCAAUUUUGGAAAUAUUAACGCGCAAAAGUUCCAAAUACACCUUUUUAGUAUAAACCUAUUUGGUUUAUAUUUGUUGAAUUUGAACAAUUACUAGUCUAUGUCAAUUAUGUGACCAAAUGUACGCCAUUAUGUACGCCAAAGUUUGUGUUUGUACACCGGACAUGUCCGGCAUACACGCCUUACAUUCCAGUCUGGUGGCUGCUGGCCCCAUGGCAGUAAUUUGGCAUAAAAUAGAAACAAUUUUUCUGAGUCAAUUCCAACUGCGAUCAUCCCGGGCGAACCCCCAGGAUUUGACCAGAGGUUAAUCCUGCAUAGGCGGGAAUUUGACGAGAAAACAUUCCCGCACAGUCAGGCAUUUGACCCCCUUUAUUUGACUGAUCACUAGUGCAAAAUUGGCCAGCGGUCGCGCGAAGUGCUUGGUGUAGAUGAACGUUGAUGAACGUGAUUUGUUUUCACGUGUAUAAAACACACUGCAUAGCGUGAAUAGUUUUUAUAUAAAAUGCCGUUAUAUAAAGUUUGGAACUUGACCAGGGAUGUCAAAAAGGCUAUAAUUGCUUGUUCUUUUGCAGAAUUUGUCUCAAAAGUUAUGUGUCUUUAUGAUAUUUUAUAGAUAAAAAGAAAAUUGAACUUACAAUAGCGAGCAUAAAAAGAAACGGCAUUGCAAAACUAUAUAAAUUGCAAAACUAAAAGUUUUGAGCCGAUCAUAAAAUUAAAUAAACAUUUAAAGUCUAGCUGGUUCUCAUCAUGUAAAAUUAUAUGGGAAACGUACAAGGCAGAUAUGGGCAUUUGACUAUGUUUUUGCCCGCAACGUUGGGAAUUUGACAAUGGGUUUCGCCCGCACCGUCGGAAAUUUGACCAUAUUUUUUUGAAAAGUCAAAUUCCCGGGGGUUCCCCCGGGGGGGGGGGGAUGAUCACAGUUGGAAUUGACUCACAUUAUUUAUGAGCUACUGUCUGAUGUGGUGAUUCAUUCUGGAACCUGUGCUGGAAGUGUUAUGUACAAUGAAAGCAUAGAAACCUUCUAUAAACUUGUUAAAAUUUGAAAAUUACUACUACAUUACAACAGAAAGAAUAUAGACAAAAAUUUUCUCAAUUCUGAUUGGCUAAGAGCAGUGAAAUUAUUUUUGAAAUUGCACAUUGUGUAAUUACUGUAGUGCAAUUACAGGGUCGACCGUGGAACAGGGGGCAUACCCCCACACUUUUUCGGUGGAUAAAAAACUACCAGAUAAAAUCCAACCUGCCUGUGUAGCAUAGCUCCUGUGCUAUCCUGCCCCCCCCCCCCUGUUAAGAAGUGGGCAAAAAAUAACACUUGUUUGGUAUAGUAACAUUUACUAUAACAGAUAGUACAUUAUUACUUGGUAUAUACUGAAUGCCAAUAUUAAACUUUACAACAGGGAUGGAUCCAGCAUGGUUUGGUAGGGGGGGUGCUCCGCCAAAAAAAAUUUUCGGAAAGCAACAACCUCCCCCCCCCCAUCGACAACUUUUUAGGGAAAAAAAAUUUCCGGACAAGUACGUUGCAAUUGCUUUCCAGUGACUUUACACAUCCAUCAACUUGCUUAACCACUGCAAAGUCUAGCUACAGUAUUUGAAUUGCAAUUGUUGUUCACAGUUCGCUUAUCAUCAUGUUAUUACUCAAACUACUGAAUCUCAUUUUGUCUCUGAUAAUUUUUUGCUUUAUCAUGAAAAAUAGCACCCCCCCUGCACCCCUCCUGGCCAGGGCUAGGGGGGGUGUGCACCCCCCCAGUAAAUCCAUCCCUGCUUUACAACAGCAUAAUAAAUACCAGGUGUUUGUCAGAAACAAUGUAUUAUCAUACAAACCACAUGAGACUUGUCAUGUUCAACAGGCAUUUAAUCAAGUGGCAACAGACCUUUCCAGUAAUUAAUUACUACGAAAUAUGAUAUUUUGACGAGAAGUUUGACCCGGUCCUAUACGAAAGUAUACAAUGUGUUUAGAUAGGCUAGAUAGAUAGAUAGAUACUAGAUAGGUAGAUAGAUAGAUGAUUUAAUGAAAAAACAUUGCAGUCCUAAGGGCUGAAUUAUGUUACCUAUUACAGGAAAUACAAAAAUUAUUACAAAAAUUACAAUUUGUUUGAAACAAUGUCUUGGAAUAGUUUAUUGGUAAGUUCCUGCCUUCUCAUCUUCAGUCUCUGGACAUUAGUAAUACUGUAAUACUUAGUGCUUCAUCAUAUGUAAUCCCAGGGAAUAUGAUCUUCAUUGCUCUCCUUUGUAUUGAUUCAAGAUCAUCCGAUAGAUAUUGGGUCAGACUAUCAUGGAACACUAGAUUGCAUACCGGUACUCCAUAACAUAUGCCGAAUACACGUAGUGUAAAAUUGUAGCAGCCCCUUAGUGGCAAUGUUUGAUCUCUUUAAUUGAAUAAAAAAAUAUAGUCUCUUUCGGCUUUCUUAAUUGUUUCAUUAACCUGUUUGUUCCACUUAAGGUUAUUAGAAACAUUUAGGCCAAGGAUCUUAGCAUGGUCAACCACAUCAACCGGGUUGUUGUUGAUUAGGAUGGGAUCGAAUUGUGUUGGGUUCAAACUAAAUGCAAUAUGCAACUCCUUACAUUUUCUUUCAUUAAAUUGAAAUUUGUUUGCUUGUGCUUGCGCUCGUCUACUUCAUGUUAAAUAUAGCUCAUUUUUCCUUUGUUAACAAAUUCUGACAUAGUGGUAUCAUCGACAUACUUCCAGUUAUUAGGUGAGGCAAUUUUAAUAUCGUUCAUCAUUAUAAUGAGUAGCCAUGAGUCUAACAAUGUGCCUUGGGGGACACCUGCUGUGACCGAUUCCCAUUCCAAGUAGCAAUACUGGUUUAGUUUAACUCGUUGUUUUCUGCAAGUGAUAAAAUCGGUUAUCCAGUCAAUUAGCCGUUCUCAAUAGACCUAAUUUCCCCUUUUGAGUGAAAUCAGUUUGAUGAUCUGAUUAUCAAUUUCCCAUUUGUAAUACAAAAUGACUGAAAAACGGCAAACUUCGCAAGGCUAUAUAUUAUCCGCAUUUUACAACAUCUCGCAACGAAACUUCGGAAUAUUACUAAUUUUGUGAUGCUCUUUCAAGCUGUGAUGAAAUUUUUGUCCAGGCAUAUCUAGAUCAAAAUUUCAUUCAUAAGGGGAAAGGUCUAAUAUAUAGCUUUCAGUCGAAGUCUGUGAGAUAAGCCCACACAACAGCGACUUUUUAUAAUUUUUUGGACGAAUGAUGGUAAAUUUGAUUUGUAAAUGGUUAGUUUAUUUUGAAAAAUUGCUUUUCACAUUUUUUUAAUUGUCUGCAUUGGUUAACGAGAAUUGGAUGCCACCCAAAAAUGGCGGAUAUUCGUCAUCGUGAGAAAGGCUAAUUGUCCACAACGGUAAAUCAUACGUUUUCAAUUUCCGAACUAGUAGGUGGUGGUCGAUCAGAUCGAAUGCUUUUAUGAAGUCAAACAAAAUUACUCUCGUUGUUCCACCGUUAUCAUCUGUGGAUCCGUUCCAUUCAUGAAUCAUACUUAUAAGUGCAUGAACAGUACUUGAGUUUGGGAUUGUUCCAUACUGGUUUCGGUCUCAGCAAUUUUCGAUAUCGGAGUCAAGGAAAACGAGAAAUUGUAUGGAAACACGACGCCCGAAGGGCGGAGUGUUUUCAUACAAUUUCGAGUUUUCCCAACUUCCACGAGUGUUGAUAUAACUAUAUAUCAAUACGGAAAAAAUGUUUUAUUUUUUUUUUUAUAAUAUAGCAAUGUCAAAAGCCCGAAGGAUAAGAAAAAUUUCUGUGUUUACAAGCGGCGGAAAAUUUCCCGUGUUGAUAUUGAGUUAUAUCAACACGGCGCUUAGCCAAUCAGCGUUCAGAAUUUACAAAUGCUAUAUUAUAAUACGCACUGUUUUUUCUUUUGGUAUUGGAGUAAUGUUUGCACUCUUCAAGGUAUGAUUGGUUUAAAAUAUCAGAGAUCGGUCGAGCCAGAAUAUCUGCAUUUUCUUUGAGAACCCAGCCAGGGAUACCAUCUCAUGCAGCCAUUCCAUUGUGACUCGCGUGACCAAGUCAUACAAUUUUAGGGUUAAAAAAGGAUGUUUUCUGCCACUUCUGAUUUUACAAAAGGCAAACUUGCUUUGCAAAAACUAUGAACUCCCUGGGAAGGUGUUGAAGUGACAUUUUUGAAUUUUGAUGAUUUUAUUUGAAGCCUCGGAUAUAUAGUGACUUACUUUACUUAUGGCAGCCACAAAUAAAAAUGUUUCACCUUAUGGGUUUUAAUUCAAUUUCCUGGUGACUUAUUUAAUGUAUAUAGCUCUAGCUUUAUAGGACAUAUAAAUAGCCAUGUUACUGUCACACUUCAGUGAAAUUACAGAAAAAUCAUGUUUGGUUGAAUAGAUAAUGCCGCCAACCUAAUGUGACUCGCGUAACAUAAAAAUGUGACUCGCGUGACAAGUGACAAAUAAUGAUAAUAAAUAAAUAAUAAAACUGGACGGAAAUAGUAGCAAUUCAAAUAUUUCUUUUUAUUACUGUUUAUUGACGCCAUUUGCAAUAACAAUUUAAUAUAAAAUCUAGGUUUGGACAACUGGAAUAGUUUACUUUUUUUGUGGCUGGUAUAAGAUCUUCAAUCUUCACUCAAAAAUAGGCAAUUACUCCACAUGCAGGAAAAUAUUUUCAAGUGUUAAAUCAAUAGGAAUUUAGGGUUUCCUAUAAAUUCACAAGUUAUAAUCAUAAUAAUCUUGGUGAAAACAUAAUUUUUUGCAUGUCAGGUGUUAAACGCGUGACUUGCGUGGCCAUACUUGAGGGUGAUUUUUCUUGGAAACGAAUGCUAAUAUUUUUCUAAUUUUUUUGCAAAAAGUUUGUCCAACUAAAAGUACCAAGUUAUCAAAGAUUCAAAGAAUCUGCUUUAGUUGACAGAGAUUGAGAAAACUUUAUGAGGGUGUUUCAAUGCAGGCUGGUACAAGGCCGAUUUCUCAUGUUGACAUGUUUAACUUAAAAUAUGUAUUUAAACAACAAAUAUCUUAACGUUAAAACCAUUAUAAACAGUAUAUACUUCCUGAUGUCAGUUCUUAUACAAAUGCUAGCGUGCAAGUUCUUCGUUCUGUUGACGACUGCUUCAAUUUAUAACGCUUAUCUUCGUGCAAUUAAGAAUGCAAAGCACUAUAUUUACAUCGAGAACCAGUUUUUCGUCUCGUCUCAACCGGGUAUAUUAAUGAACGUGAAGAAUCAGAUUCAAACAGCUUUGGCAGAACGAAUUUAUCGUGCUUACGAGGAAAAUGAGGACUUCUAUGACUAUGUCAUGAUAGUAAUGCCACUGAAGCCAGAGUUUGGUUCUGAAGAAUGGACUUCAGGUAGUCUAAAUUUGUUGACAGGGAUUAGUUAUUGGAAUUAUGCGACACUUUUACUCUGGGAAAAACUCUUUAUUCCACCAGUUACAAGAGAGGAAAAUGCCGGCUUGGGCUAUCAAGAGUUAUUUUAAUGUAUAUGGAUUGCGAACGCAUGCAUGCAUGAUUUGUUAGGCGAGAACUUGGCGACAGAAGUUAUUUAUGUACACAGCAAGUUGAUGAUCGUCGACGAUCGAGUUACUAUCAUUGGUUCAGCUAAUAUCAAUGACCGAAGUAUGCUUGGGGGACGAGAUUCAGAGAUAUCAUUCAUUGUCGAAGAUGUGGAAAUGAUUGAAGGAAUUAAGGAUAAAUGAUAGGCCAUAUCAAGUUGGAAAGUUCUCACAUAAUCUGAGAUGUUUUCUCCACAAGGAACAUCGUGGACUCUUGAAUACGGAAGAUAAAGUGGAUGAAUUGAAUGUCAAAGACCCUCUGGUGGAAUUAUUUGUCACACGAAUUUUCAAUUGUUAAUCACACUGGAUGUUUCAUUAGUUUUUGCCAGGAUUGUAUACUGUAGUUUCUCGAAGGUCGCGGGUUCGAAACCCGGCCGCGGCAGGCAAAGUUUUCUGCCUGCGCGCUGAUCUCACUCGAGAAGAUUUUCUCUCAAACAUUUUCUCUUGCAAGGAUCUAACUUAAGACCCUUGCAAGGUGCCCCUCCUCAUAAUUACAUUAAAAUCAGUUUAUUUUAUAAGUUUUCUAAUUAUAUAUAAUGAACUAAAUGACGAUAGUGCAAAGAAAUAAUAUCUGUAUAUCUAGUGUCAGUACUAGUAAACUUAAUGACAACCGCAAUCACGGUUUAUUGACCACAGUUUAUUGAUCAAUGCCUUGUUCAAGAACAUCAAAUACUUCACCUCACAAUCGUAACAAAGUGAGAGCAUAUUCAGUAGUUGGAGUCUCUUGAUUUAACACACAACUGACAGAAGAGCCAACGAGUAAUGCGUCUCUGGAUUUUCUGUUUCAAAAUAUUCGUUCUUGCAUGGGGGCCAUAUAUACUUCGGUAGCUGCUUAACUGGCAAUUAACCAGUGUCAUUCACAGUGCUCUUCAUACACUCUUGUCCGUUAUAAAUAGGCAUGUUCCUUUUACAAGUAGUUAUUUGACUUAGCAUGCACUAUGUUAUGAAUAUGUGAGCCCCAUGUUAACUUGGUUCGUUAAGGCUGCUUUCCAGUUAAGCGUUUUUCAUUAAAUCGUUCUAAAUUUCAGGGAUGGAUUUACUGGGGUGCAGGAGGGUGUGCACCCCCUAGCCCUGGCCAGAGGGAGUGUAGGAGGGGUGCUAUUUUUUAUGAUAACGCAAAAAAGCCAAAUGAGAUACAGUAAUUUGAGUAAUAACAUGAUGAUAAGUGAACUGUGAACAACAAUUACAAUUCAAAUACAGUAGUUGAUGGGCGGGCGGCACAUAUGACCGACACAACUCGGCAGUCAACACCAGAGCACCCCCUACCAGAUCAUACUGGAUCCAUCCCUGCUAAAUUUUAUAUAUUGAGUACUAUAAUUACCUCAACAAAUACACUUUAAAUAUAAUUACCUCAACAAAUACACUUUAAAUCAUAUACUUUUGUAUAUAACUAAAUGCUGUAUAACUAAAUGUAGCCUGCGUAUAGCGGACACUAUUAGAGGGGAGGGCUGUGCCUUUUUUUUAUUUAAUUAUUUCAUAAGAAACUUUUAAAUGAGUUUAAACAAAUGGACUAUAGUUAUUAAAAUUACACUCCAGAGAUUAAAAUUUUCAAAACGCACCUAGUUUUUAAAUUUGUAAAGACGUGUAACUUUUCCUUUGAAAAGAACACUGUUUUCUUGCAUGCCUUCCAAUUGAAAUGGACAUACAUGUUUCGUAAUGUGACCUCGAGAUUUUCUACCAAAGACACUUGUAAAAAUUAGUUUUGCGUUAAAUAAAUACCCUAAAAACUGUAGAAUUACACCUAUCCAAUGUAACCUUCAGAGUUGUGAUGUUUAUUCUCUUUUUCAGUCAAAAGCAUCCUCAAGUGGUGGAAAUAAAUCAACAGUACCUUUUAAUCUAGACAACUAUAACUCCUUUACUGUUAAACUCCCUAGGUACGUACGAAGCCUAGAUUAUGGAUCGCUUAUUCAGUGAAUAAGCCUAAUUUUAGUUACGUUGUUCAAUGAAUAUACAUGCAGACACAGAAUAAAGACAUACAGAAGGUCGACUCAACCAAAAAAGCGUAACCGCUGCCACGCCAUGAUUCGCAAUGAUUCGUCAUCAAAAUGCUGACGCCAUGCAUGGUCUGUGGUCCUGGGGUGAAUGCCUCUCAUAAGCGCACUGGCUAGGACCACAGCGUCAGCAUUUUGACGACGAAUUACGGUUACGCCAAAAUCAUAGGAAAACAAAAGUUUGUCUCUAUUCUGUGAUAUAGACUUAUGACUGGUUGUACUGGAAGCUUUUUAAUCGAAUUAAAAAUUAGUGCCCAAGGGCAACAUUUGUCUCAUUUGUCUGCCCCCUCUACGACCAACUAGUGGAAACUAAGUGCUCCUAAAUAUGUCACAAGAAUGUGUGUGCAUAGAGGAGCAUAGGCAUGUUUUCUAGGCACCGUAGACACAUUUAUAUUUUAAAAAUACAUUAAUUCUUCUUCACCGUAAUUUGACAACUUUCUGAGUUUAGAGGAAAUUGACGGAUUUUAACAGGUAAUUUAGGCCUAGUACUGUACAAGAUUAGUAUAUUUGUAUUGUAGAGAUGUGAAGAAACGACAUUCAAUCAUGAAGUUCAAUACAAACAUUGAUGUAUCUGCUAUUAGCAAGGUAAAAUCUGUUCCAUUUUCUUUAAACUUUGAGUAAUUGUCUUUUGUGUAGAAAUAUGUGUUCCGAACUAUAGAUUCUGGAUGUUGUUUAAAACAAUACGUAAUCCAGAAGCAAACCAAAACUCGAUAGUACCAAGCGAAUAAUUUUUCCACACAAGGAAAAGAUUAGCCUGCUCGCAGCCUGAAAUUUAGAAGGGAAAAAUUUCUGAUAUUUUCCCCUUCUAAAUUUCAGGCUGCGAGCAGGCUAGGAAAAGAUGAACAACACUAAAACUCGCCUGACACCAGAAAACCGAGUACGUGCAUGUGCACCGUCAUCUAAAGUUCUUAUAUUUUGAUAACUUGGUUCUCGCCAGCAUACAUGAAAGAUAUCAGCAGAGAAUUUCAAGGGCCCUAAGGGCUUUCAUUCAAAACGUCGGAAUUCUUCACUUGCAUGUAUCACGCUGGCAAGAAUCAAGCCCUAAGCCAUUCCGUAUUGCUUCAAUGCGAACUACGCUAAAGCAUAUAUAUAUAUAUAUAUGAUAUGGCGAGAAAUACACAUACUGUCGUUUCUUUCAGAGAAAAUUGUUUUAAACAGUAGAACACGUCAUAAUAAUUAAGUUGUUCGUUCGGUUGUUUUGAAACACCAGUGUAGAAAAACAGAUUUUUUCAGUUAAUGCCUCAUCCAAAUUGGAAACAUACUGUUCAUUAUUUUAAGCCGCUGCAUGGUUUGUGUCUAAACUACUCUACAUGAGAAGAUUAAAGCAUUUCAACAUUUCGAGCCAAGGUUGCUAAUUCCAUAAUUCGUCAGGAAAUCCACGCUACAAACCUCGUGGGACAGUGGCGUAACUCCUUUUGGCUCCAUCUUUGGGUGGUCAAAUAGAGGGGCCCUGAGCAUGGAAGGAAUCAAGUCUGUGGUAAAAUUGUAGUAUUUGAACCAUUGUUACAUCUUCUAGGUAUACUCAGUUCACUUGUCGCUGCUUUGAAUGGCCAGGACUAAGAGGUUUAUUCACUUCAAACCAGGGGCCCUUUAGCACAAAGUUUCCCUACUGACAAUAGAUAAACCACAUCAGCUUACAGUCGAAUACCACCUACAUUGCACUCCCAAGGUUUAGAUUUCAUUAAUGCAACUACUAGCUGAGAAUCCACUCACGGUACUCACUGUGUGACUAGUGACUCACUACACAAUGAAUUAUUGAGCUGCUGCUUUUCACUAUAUUUUCAGGCUCACAUGCAACGCCAGAGAAAUACAGCAGAAUCAAAAGAAGAAGAAAUGCCUAAAUUUGGGGCAGGAAGUGAAUACGGUCGUGAACAGAGGAUGGAAGCAAGAAGAAAGAAACGAGGUUAUCUUAAGAAACGAGUGAAAGAUGAAGAUUUACCUUGGAUUUUAAAAACUGGUGGAAGAGGAGGAAAGACGUGAGGAUUGUUAAUAAAUAUAAAUAUUACACUAAUUUAAUUUCCCUGUAUUGCUCUGAAAUGAAGGAGAGCGGUGAAAACCCAAGGUAUUUGGUGGAGACAAAGAAGCUCUUUUCUGAAACUGCAAGCACUAAUCCCACGUUCGACUGGCAUAAAAUGUUAAUGGGAAAAGUGCAUAUUGCAAGACUGGAGCCUUAAUAACUGAGGUGAAACACACGUAUUGUGCCACCAGCGUCCCAUAACGUUUUGAUUCAUUGUCUACCUGACAGUCAAGAUACUGCGGUGCAUAUAGUAAACGAACUAAGUAUACCCUUAGCCAAUCAUACAUUUGACAGGACGAGUGAUGUUUGAAAGUGUUACCAGUACUUUAAUUGCAUGGUUGUAGGAGCAUUAAUGUACAUUCUAGAAUUUAGAAUGAUACUCUUUGCAUUCAUUAUUUCCAAAUAUUUAUGACGAAAUAGCAAUAAAAAUGAAGUUUCGCAUUUGGAAGAGAGAUUCAAAUAAUAAAUUUUAAAACCUUUUUACAGAUUUUGUUUAUCGUUAUUGCACUUCAUUUCAAACAAAAUCGUUAGGCAUUCGCCAUCUUGAAUAUGACGUCGCAACCAGAGUAACAUUAUCUUGUAUCUUGAGAUAUUCUCGGGUUAUUUUAAUCUCUUUACAACUAAUCUACAAAGUAUAAGCUAACUGUAUACAGCUAUUUCAAUUAAGGUUGUCCCCCGAGCAAAGCGGAAAAGUCGAAUACGAGCGCGAAAGGCUGCUGGGAAUCGCUAUGCUCAUGCUGUAGAUCUAUCGUUGUUUCUCUGUCAUAAAUCAACGAGUAAUGUUCAAUAUGAACGUAAUAAACCACAAAGCAAUUGAUCAGAUUGCAGGCUGCCCCAUGAAAAUGACAUUUCUAAUAUAAUUUUGCAUUUAAAGGUACAAAGGUGUUAAAGAAGCAACUAUGGUUCAAAACGCAGCAUAUUACGUAUUUACUGAAGCUGACGACGGAUCAUUUGAAGCAUUUCCAGUUGACGCGCAGUAUAGAUUCACUCCAGUUAUAAAGUAUAGAACAUUAACUGCUGAUGAAGCAGAGGAAGAAUUCUCAUUAAGAAAUAAAACAAUCAAUUAUUUCUCAUUAAUGGUGAAGAAAAGACUCACUGAUACAGAGGGAAAAACUGGUGAUGAAGAAGUUGCAAUUCCCAAGGUGAAAUCUAAAGUUGAUAAGUUGGUAAGAUGUUUUUUUUUAUUCAUGUGUUAAAGUGCUUACCCUAUAUAGCCAGUGGGGAGUGUGAUACUUCGCGUACUUGCGUACAGGAGGUACGCCAAUAUUAGGAUAUGGUACAUAUUAGGAUAUGUUUGUUUUCUGCCAAGUACAGUAAGUACUUGUAAAGUCUAAAGUAGUACUCGCGGUUCAAUAUAACCAGCAAAUAUUUCAAACACAAGAUAAUCUAUUCAAAACCCUUUCAAAAACUCAUUUUAAAAUAAUUCAUAAGGAAAACACAGAAAUAUCAUAAGCGUGUCGUAUCUUUAUAUGUAAUAGAGAUUUCCCCUGAUUUACAUAAACUUUAACUUUGAUUUUCUCGACUUACACAGCGUACCUUUUGAAAAUUACUUCGCCAAUGAAAUUACUAGAUUGAUCGUUUUUCAAGCAAUUUAAAACAUUCGCAGUGCGUGUUUUAUCAGACCUAAAGAUACUCGGCUUCUCCUCGUAUCUUUAUAUCUGAUAAAACACUGCUGCUCAUGUUUUAAAUGGUACAUAAUAAAGUGUCAGGAUUUUGAGCAUCUCACUGGAUACAACUAAUUGUUGAAGGGAUUUGUAGGACAUUGACAUCACCUUGGUAUUUAUACAUGAACUUGUGGUUAGAGCUCGACAACUGUCUCUCGGUUAGAGCACUGCACCGGAAUCGCAGGGCCGCAGGUUCGAUUCCUACCAGAGGGCCUAUAGUACAUUUUUCGCAACUGUUCCUGGUCUAAUAGAUGAAUAACAAUUCCACUCGAAAUUUCUAUCUACAAAUCUCUUCACCAAUAAUAAAGUAACUGUAUCUGUAAAUCCGGUAACUCUGGCAUAUCGUGGCAGGAAACAUAGUUAGAUGAUGAGAUGACACUAAGGAAUGUUGGAGUCAAUUAUAUGCAUGUGUUUGUUUUUCAAAAUGUGCUCCUUGUUCUUGUCCCUUCGUCGGGCGGUUAGUAGCGUAGAUCGGGAAAAUUAUAUGUGCUCUUAUACUAUUAUACUAGACUUGCAUCCAAAUCGUCCUACUCUAUUCCCAAAACAAGAACAAAUUAUGGAAUUUUCAAUCUAAGAUAUCAAGGAGCCAAAGUAUGGAACUCUCUUGAUAAACAAAAAAAGCUCUAUCUCUUUCCUCGAUAAUAUUGAUAAAUAAUAUUGAUAAAUUAUGGCUAAUUUGAUCAUUUUCGUAGAUUGUUGAUUUUCUAUGUAAUGAUUAACAAAAUCUCCUAAAUGAUGUGCAGCGGUUGUUUUCUUUGUUUUCUUUGUUUUCUUUGUUUUCUUUGUCUGUGUGUUCUCUCUUUUCGUGUUUCGACCUAGUGUGUUUAUACCCAUCAUACAAAUCUAUCAUACAAAAAAAAAUUGUGCAUCUUUCACUAUAGUGAUCUGGCUGCCCGACAUCUAGCCCUUUACGGUUAUUACGGGUAGCCAGUACCUAUUUAUGAUAUAUUAUACUAAGUGAAUUGUAAUAGUGUAAUAGCUUUUUUCUUUGGGGUACAAAUAAAUUGUUGUUGUUAUCUUACAGUAGGCCCGGAUAUAUCAUAUAGCGAAGCGCUGGCAAUUGUUGGUUUACCAACCUUGAAGGAACACCGACUCAUCACAUGCGGAAAGUUGUUUAGAACUAUAAUUAAUUAACCAAACCAUAAACUUCACCAUUUGUUACCUGCAUUUAACACAGGACGUGGCCAGUCUUUAAGACAUGGAAGAGUUUUUAAUAUUCCUAGGUGUAAGACUAAUAGGUUUUCAAAGUCUUUUAUCAUUGCUUCUGCUAGUAUAGUUUUAAAGUGUAAAUAUUAUCUAGCGAUAUACACAUGUAAUAAUAUUUAUUUGUAAAUUUCUACGCAAUGUAAUUCAGCUUUUGGCCGCAAUGGUGGUUCUUAAUAAUAAACUAUUAAAUUUUAAAAAAAUUAUGCAAGUUUCCCGAUCCGCGCUGCUAACUUCCUGACAAAGUACCUUUGCUCAAAAUGUCGAAGUUCUGCAUAUAUUUAUUCAGGUAGUUGUAUCUCUCUGCCACCAUCUUGGGCCCGCGCGCCUAAAAUUUCGCCCAGAGCUCUGAAGCUGCUAUUAAUUACUAAAGAGCCUGGGUACGAGGCCGCUCCCACCACUGCUUUUCGUAAGGGUACUACUUGGUUUGGAUGACUACCCUUAAAAAGUCGCCUACAUAGAUUUGUUCUCUCCUGUGCUUCCUGGGUUUUUCUGCCUCUCCAAAAACUAACCCUUAGCUGUCAACCACUGACUUGGGUAAAUUGGUCAUCCACAUCCUGUGUAACCGACUUUAAACGGAAAGAAUUUUUUUGGCAUUAUCAUUUAACAUUAAUAAAAAUGAAUUUUGAUGUUUCAGCAAAUCUACAAUGAUGAUGACCUUGAAGAUAUGUCUAAUGACGAAGGAGAUGAUGAACAGGAACACUUAGACGAAGGUAUGUGUUAUUAGAGUGUGGAAUAUGUAUUGUGAUUCCUAAUAAUGCUGGGCUACAACAACCAUGUACACAAUAGCGGUGAUAAGAUAUUAUAAUUGAGACUCUUAACUUGCAAUAGAUGACUUUCGAGCAAUCCAACGAGACUUUAAAACAAAAGCAGAUGGAGGGCAAGUAAUGAGAUUCUAAUGAGAUUCUUUGGUAUAAAUGCCGUAUAUGUGCAAUAAACCUCUAGCAUGAUGAAAGCCACCUAUUCUAUACUGCGUCAAUGUAUACUAGUAGUUGCUUUCCAAAUUGCCGAACUCGACCUAAUAGACCUUUUUUUAAAUGACGUCAAACGCGGAAAACCAACUUGUGCGAUGUCCCACAGGACAAUGCAAGUCGUUGCCGAGCCAAUAAAUUUCAUAAAAACAUCAUUUACAUUGCGAAUUGUUGCUAAAAAUUGUCCCUUGGGACAUCUAGAACUCACACAAAUUUUUUCGCUGACCAAUCACAUUGCCAAGAUUUGUUUUUCGCUUCGCGCGAAUAAAUUCGCCUAGUGGAAAAUGGACUUAAAGCCUCUAUUCCAUUCAUAGCAAGAGUCAACUCGUUGGUUUGCGAGUGCUUUCAUCCAAUCACAAUGCUAAACAGUUUAUUUUAAUUAGAUGCAAGCACUCGCAGAGAGCUUGCGAGUUGGUUUUUAGGAUGAGUGGAAAAGAGCCUUAACAAACUAACAAACACACGAAGCAAAUAUAAAGCGAUGGCAAACUUCGUUUGGGCACCGCAAUAUUCACAUUUAGACCAAAUAUUUGUCUAGCGAAUGAAAUAUGUGAAAAAGUUGUGUCUAAGAAUGCAGAAUAUCAAGCCCCAGAGGCUCGAAAAUACAAAACAUUUACACUUUUCCAAUUCACUGCCCCCUAGUUAGGUCCUCUUUGUGGAUUCAUAAUACCGCUACCAUUACCGUUAACCAAUCAGAUGCAAUUAAUCUACCCGAUUAACCAAUCAAAUGCUUAUUACACCUGUGAAAACCUGCGGUAGUGGAAGUAAAAUCUGAACCUCUAUAAUAUAAUAGACAUAAGACCAAUGUUCCACUGUGUUCAUUAUCUGCAUUUAAAAUUCAGAAAAGUUUCAAAAAGCAAAGAAGAAAUUGGGCAAGACAAAAAAAUCAGAAAAGGAAGAUGGUGGAAGUGAUUUUGAGGAGAUGGAAGAUGGUUAUGAAGAUUCGAAAGAACUUGACUAUUCAGAAACCUCUUCCUCAGGUAGGUUCCAUGAGUGACGUAAUCAGCUAACUUAUGUCCCUUGCCAUCCAAUAUAAACUUUAAUUACAUGGCUACUUUUGCGCCACGUGACGUUUCUAUGCUCGACCUAAAGAGUUUAGAUUGGCAUAGAGUGCUCUUAAAAGAAGAAGUUAUAUAUUAAGACUUAUAGGAGUCCUUUAAGUUUUUAAUGUAGACUAAUAGUUUUCAAUAGGCAGUUCUCACAGUAAAGACUUGUUCACACGACCAAAUUUUGCGGAUUCAAUUGUGUCGGAUCCGAUUAUUACUAACCCACGAUCAAGCCCUGGCGUUAAUCAGGUCCUAGCGGUUAUAGUCGGCUUCUUUUCAUCUUGUCAGGUGGAAAUAGAGCAGGUUCUAUUUCGACCCGAUUUUUCAGGUCGAAAUAGAACCUUUUUCUGGUCGAAAUAGAACGAAUCCGACUAUCGGAAGGUCAGUUUAAUGGUGUUCACACGUUUCGAUUUCUCUUUGGAACAAUAGGAUCGUGCGAACGAGUCAUAAUUAAGAAACAUUCUGUCAAUUAUUUGCAUUUAGUGUAAUAGUGUUGCAUUUGGAAGCAACUUAAUAAACUUGAGCGUUGAAUUUGCUUUCUGCAAUGAAUGUCAUCAGUUCAAUGUCAAUAUUCAAUUAUCUAUUUGUUAUUCUUCUAAACUUGUUGGGAAAAUAUCUUUUUCGACUACCCAAAAAAGUAAAUUGGUUGUACUUAAGGGGUGAGUUUUAGCACUUCAAUUAGAGUUUCAUCGUGAAAUUGAAACUUUGAGAAAGACCAGAAUACCUUUGACUCAUCUCGUAUUUCUCGGAACUCGAGUUUGUUUUUCGGAGUUUGUUUCAUGUGUAGGGGUGAGAGUAUAUGUCGUUGCACACUUUCAGAUGAAGAGCUUGAAAAGAAAAAAGGUGAUACCAAACCUCAAGCUGAAGAUGACCUGAAUGCACAACUGAACCCAGACAGUGAAGAUGACAGUGAACUUGAAGAAGAUAGUUUAAGUAAAGGAGGAUUAUUACUAAAAGAUAUGUUGAAACAAAAUGAUGAUAGUUCAGAUGACGAAGACGAUGAAGAUCAAACUACGUCUGCGGUACUAUUACAAGGUACGUAAGAUAUAUACUCUGCCUUAUUCGUACUUAAUUUCGCGCGUACUUAAUUUCGUAAUUUUUUCGAAGCAAUUAUUUUACGAGACUUUAUUUUCGCGAUUUUGAUAGGCGAAAAUAGAAAAAGGUCAUUAAAUUUCGCAAAAGCUUUCUGAACAACAUUUUAUUUUCUAUAAAAUUCUGAACUACAACUUUUGAAACUAAUAUUAGGUCGACUUAAGGUAUACAGGGUGUAUAAAAAAAAAGGAGACCUUUAGAAAUCAACCAUAUUGUUAAAAUUUGAAUGCCUUUUCAAUUGCAUAUAUGCUGAACCGUAGUGCGUGAAAUAUUGAUGGGGUGCAUAUAUUAGAAAAAGGAGACCUUUAGAAUUUGAAAUAACGUUUAAACAAAAGAUUGUCUGCUCCUGGGAACAAUUAGCCAUGGAUACGUAGAUCGCAUGUUACGCACUCGUGGGCUUAGCAAAGUGCUCCAGGAUUCAAAUCAUAACAAUGGUUGAUUUCUAAUUAUUCUAAAGGUCUCCUUUUUCUAAUAUAUGCGCUCCAUCAAUAUUUCACGCACCACGUUUUAGCAUAUGUACAGUACAGGGUGUCCCGAAAAAAAGUGACACUAUAGAAAUUAUCCUAUUGUUAUGAUUUGAAUGCCCUAGCACUAAGUUGAUACCACAGGUGCAUGAACUUCUGCUUCUGGAAUUUGAAAUAAAAAAGCAAACCGUUUAUUAGUGUAAUCGUUUUGCUUGACUCGGGCGUUAAAAUAUUUGGACAAAUCGAAAACGUUUUAAAAUGCUUAAAUGUAUAAAUACAAGUUCAUUAAAUUCCCAGGCGUGUAAGCACGCGCGUUUAAGAACGGCUUAAGAACAAUGAGAUAAUUUCUAUAGUGUCACUUUUUUGGGGGACACCCUGUACAAUUGAAAGGGCAUUCAAAUUUUAACAAUAUGCUUGAUUUCUAAAGGUCUCCUUUUUUUAUACACCCUGUAAACUAUCUGCAUGGUAGUACCGAAGCGUAGCGGAUUUCUUUGUUUCCGUACUGACUAGAGUGGAACUAAUGACUUCGAGACAAAAGAAAAUACUACGGUACAUUACGAUACGAUUGAAGUGGAAAACAACUUUUAGACUAAAGGCUGUUUUUCACUUCAAUCGUAACGUAGCGUAACGUUGCGUAGUAUUUUUUUGUGUCGAAGUCAUCAGUUCCACUCUAGUGCUCAGGAAACAAAGAAAUAGGCUACGCUUCCGUACGAUGCGCUUGAAGUGGAAUAGUGCCCUCUCCCAAAUAGGACGCAUGUCAAAAUUAACUACAUGUUAUAAAACAUUGCUUUGCAGGUCAAAAAAAGAAAGGCAAGAAAGCAGGUAGUGGUUCAAGUACGUCAUCGAGUAGCAGAUCUGAUACUCCAACUAAAGGCGUUGAAACCGCUGAUAAAACUAUUGCAGACGCUGCUAAGAAAUUGAAAGAUAUAAGUUCACCAGGUAAAGUAUGCUGUAUACUUAGUUUUAUAACAUAUAACAUUUAUGCUGCGGUGACCAUUAGAGAAUUAGAGUUGACCAUUAGAGUAUUGUAAACGAAGGACAGCAUAAUUAUACAGUACCUGAACUGGAGGAAAUUAGAAGAUCGGAGAAAUAUGCAUGUUUUCAAGGUGGUCAACAAAUGUAUAAGACUAUGUUGAAAACGGCGCAGAAAAGUCACAAUUAGCCGUCGCAUUCACACUAUGCUGGAGCGAAAUUGUUUGAAAACAUUACUUUUGCCGUAACAAUUUGAGAUGAAAACGUAGCGCAUGACGGCUUAAAGCACGGUUAAUAGACGUAGAUGGUUAGGCUAUCCGGCAAACUUCAAAGAGAGCGGCAAAUUAUGUGGAGAACCACUUAUAUUUGUGUCACGUGACGAGCAAAAGGGGUGCUUUGUGAUGAGUGAUUAGGGAAACCACGGGUUUUAAUAAAUGACACGUAACUACUGUGUUAAAAUUCACUGUAUUUUGUGCACAUUGUGCAAAUAAACCUAUUCGGCUACGCGUAUUUAUGCUCGUUGCCACACAAUUUGCUACAAAUAUCAUAACAGAGGUAUUUAAGCAUGUGAGUUGUCCAACAAUGUGAAUUAUAAAUGUUUUCAGUUACGUUACGGGACAGCGGAUGUUGGUCAUCUUCAGAGAUGUUUACAGUCCUCUGGAGCAAAUUCAUCUAUAUUCUCUCAAGCGUAUUUAUUUUGCCAUCAAUUACAAGACUCGUACAUACAGUGGAAAGAAGCAUAAUAACUCUGACAAGUGACGGUUGACCCCCAUGUGCUGCACGAUGGCGCUUAGACCAUCGAGUGGCAGCGGGUGUUAAAAUGCGUCGGUUGAUUAGGUCUCUGCUACCUUUGUCUGAAUAAUUUCACGUUCUCUUUGUAGUUUCCAGCAAGAAACGUCCAAAGAAUUCUCCCGGCGAUGAAACUCCAAGUAAAAAAGCGCGUAAAGAAACUGACAGUCCAAUUCAUCGCUCAGCCAGUGGCAGUUCAAUCGCAUCACGUGCUCUGAGUGAACCUGAGAGACCCGGGUCCCGGGGAUCCCCUGAGGUCGGAAUUACCGAGGACGCAGUUCGACGCUAUCUCUCGCAUAAACCAAUGACAACGAAAGAUUUACUAAAGAAAUUUAAAACGAAGAAAACAGGUUUGACAAGUGAGCAAACUGUGCAACAAAUCGCGACUAUAUUAAAGAAAAUAGUACCCGAACAGAAAAUGAUCAAGGGAAAAUUGUAUUUAUCUUUAAAACGAAGUUAGAUAUUUAACUUUGUCUUAGGAUUUAAGGCGUGAAUGAAACGUUCAUGCCGCUGAUCCUGGCUAACCUGGCUCAUAUAUAAACAGUCCCCUUGUAUUAUUAAUAUUAUGCAUGCAGGUUAAACAAAAUGUUGUGUUUCUGACUUUCUGGUUUGUGUAAGAUGAAGUUUUACAUCUAGUAUAAUGAAGUCAAAUAUUUAAUCAAAUAUGAAUUCUAUAGUACAGUAUAUGUAUUUUCCCUGUCCAAUUGUUAUAUGACAAAGUACGUACCCAAAAACUAAACAAAGCUGCCAUACAGUUUGACACUGAAAAGACAAGCUAGGUUGAGCCUUCAGACGAAAGACGCGAGCAAAUGAAAAUCCGGCUUUCGACUAAGAAACUAAACUUCGUAUUUAGUUUGAAAACCUAUAUUCUGAGAUUAUUCUCACAGAGAAAAAAUCGGAUCGAGGGGAAAAUAUCCAGUGUCAAAACUCCAUGCGCGGACAAAUUGCAAAGUUCAAUCAGUCCCCAGUACAUGCUGUUGCCCAUGAGAUGGCUGUUGUGGAGGCAAUAGAUAUCCACUUUGCAUGUACAAAGCCCGCUCACCUAUUCUGGUAACUCACAGAAACAUUGUCCAUUGAAACAUUUGAAAUGUUUUAAGGUUUAGUUGUUAAAGUAUUUUAUUGGUCUAUAUUACAAAUUUUUCACGUAUAUAAUUCUAUCUUAAUUACAAAAAUAAUAGGAAUUUUUACUUUACAGCUUUACAUUAGCUAUGUGAAUUAGUCAAAACUCAGACAAAUUCAUUCUCCAUUGAUAUUAAUUGUGAAAUGUCCUGGGGCCGGUGGUUUAACGCUAACCUCAAAGGUAGUUUAGCGCUAACCCUGCAUGGUUAAAAUUUAACCCGCCGUUUUAGUUUGUGUAUUUCUGCACGUCUGUUUAUUUCAAAACUUAGAGAAGUAAGGCGUAAAAAAAAUACCUGUGGUUCCAGUUUCAUAUCGCGAAAAAAAUUAGAGUCGGUAUAGGUCGGAAAUUUUUUUUUUAAUAUUUUUUCAUGGUUUUUUCAAUAAUUAGUGUGACAACAGACGCCAUUUUGGCAGCAGCCUGCAACCACCCGGAGAAAAUAGGGUCGCACGGUCAAUCGCGUUGAAAAAAUAAUAGGGUCGGCAGAAAAAAAUAGGGUCGGUCGGGAACCGGAACCACAGGUAUUUUUUUUACACCUAAACUUCCAUCGAUCCAGACAAGAUAUCUGAAGAAAUAUUUCCAAAUUUAUAGACAAGCUGUCAGGAAGUUUGCUUUGAAUUUUAAGUUAACCUAGGAUAAAGGUAAUCGGCUUUCGAACAACCGUUCCUCUGAUGAGUAAAGUAAGAAAAUUCAAGUUUCAACUAGAAAUAUAAGAUCACGACGUUUUUACUGUCAUCUAAACACGGGAUGUUUGUAUACGCAUAUCAAAUAUUUUUUCUUGUGAUGAAUGUUGUUAAAUGUAUUAAUAUAAUUUAUCAAGAUUAAUUCUUUCGCAACUGUAGCCACCAUGAUAAUUAUCAGAUUCGUUGCUGCAUUUGUAGCCUGUUGGACAUGGACUGUCUUUGCAAAAAUCACGUUCUGGAAUUACAAGGAAAUGAGUAACUGUAAGUAUCGCAUAUUACUUAUUGGCCUACUUAACCUGCGAACGGGCAUAUUCUGGAUACGAGAUUACUCCGGGGCUGAAAGGAGAAAUGUUUUAAAAUCAGGGGUCCUCGGAUGAUUUUUUAUUAUUGCGAGUCUCCUGACACAGGCAGAUAAGUGAGCAAGAUUGCCCGCAAAAGGGGUUGUCAUUGCAAACCUUGAUUGUUGGGUACGUCCAAACCUCAUCUACCCUUAUACACUUGCAUUAGCAAGAGAAAUAUCCUGGGUUAGUUGGAUCGCAAGUGUAAGCAGAGUUAAUUGUGAACAAAACUACCAUAUUUUUAAGUCAGUGCGUAUAUUUACCAUUGAAAUAAUACAGGGUGUAUAAAAAAAAAACUGCACAGAUUUAAAAUUUGCUCUUAAAUUUGCAAAACAGCUAUUAGUAUCCAGUGUUUUAUGUAUAUAGCUUAUUUGGUAGAAAAAUGGAAAAAAUUUCUCGAACUCAAAUUUUGUAAACCAGGGGUGUGUGUCUUUUCCAACAAAAUAAAAAUGGCUUGCGCACGAAAUUUGAAAGCUUUAAUCAUAUUUUAAGUUAACAGAUGGAAAGUUUGUUGGGUGUUUAAUUACUGUACAAAAUUUCAGAUAAUUUGUUUCAGUUUACGCCCUUUAACCAUUCACGCAAACUUACAUUUUUUCUUAAAAAAUCACCAUUUGCAUGCUAAUCAAUGCCUUUGCCUAAUUUGCAUAUGUCAGCAAUAUGUAAAUUAGGUAAAGGCAUUAAUUAAGCAUGCGAAAGGCUAAUUUUUUAGAGAAAAAUGAAUAGUUUAAGGGCUUAAACUAAAGCAAAUUGUCUGACAUUUUGUAUAGUAAUUAAAAACCCAACAAAUGUUCCAUCUAUCAACUCAAAAUAUGAUUAAAGCUUUUAAAUUUCGUGCGCAAGCCAUUUUUAGUUUGUUGGAAAAACACCCUGGUUUACAAAAUUUGAGUUCGAGAAUUUUUUUUCCAUUUUUCUACAUUAUAAGUACCCAAAGAAGCUAUAUACAUCAAAAACUGGAUACUAAUACUGUAGCUGUUUUGCGAAUUUAAAAGCAAUUUCAAAUCUGUGCAGGGUUUUUUUAUACACCCUGUAUAUUGAAACUUGAGAGUUAUUGUUACCUGUUAAGUUAUUGUUAAGUUAUUGUUAUUGUUUUGUUGUUGUUUGAGUUAUUGUUAUUGUUAUUGUUAGUUAUUGUUACUCGGGGGAUAAGUAGUUUGUGAAGGUACGUUUACACGCUGCGAUUUGUCAUGUACGAAGAAACAAUUUAAACAACAACUUACUUUUACACGUUUGAAAGAAAUCACAUGAACAAUAAAAUAAGGUUCCUCUCAGUUCAGAUCUGCACCACAUGCCUGUAGGAUCGAUACAUGUUGAAGGGUUGCAUGGAUUUUCUGGAUCUGGAUAAAAUUAAGAGAAGGGCGUUAUUAUAUGUGCACAAGUGCCCAACAACUGCUCCGGCUUAGACUAAAGAAUCCAACCCAACAUUGUUCAGAUAUUCCUUUGAACAGUGUUUCAAUUUGGAUAAGCUUAUCAAAAUGACGUUAAAAUAUUUCAACAUGUUUGCAAGGUAAAAGACAAACUAUCCAAUAAAUUACAGAUAGACGGUCAUUUGAACUACAUUCGCAAGUUCGCCUAAACGCCAUUAGGUUCGCAUUGACGGAUGAUCACAAACGAUCGGGUUGCCGAACCAUAAUAAAAAUAAAACAAUUAUUGACAUAUAUCGUUUUUCACAAGAUAUGAAGAACUGUCACGGUCACUGUUUGUGUUAUUCUCCUCAGCUUUCAGCUUCGGCAGGUAACACAAAUUUCUUCAUAUCGUGCUCAGAUUUGCUUAUUCAAUAAUUGUUAAUUAGUGGAUUAGGUCUAGGUUUGGGAUUAAGUUUAGGUGAGUAGUCUCAACUCAAUGUACUUACAUUGACAUCUGUCGCCAGUCCAGUAUGCUCCACAGUAACAAUGAUAAUUUUUUCCUCCAUCAAUAGGAACACAAUGACCACCAUGCUCACAUGGGUUCGAAUAGCAUGGGGCAAGAUCUAAAAUAAUGGCGUACUUAUUGUUAAACAUGAGGUUAGGUAGUGAUUGUGUAUGUACCAGAUUGAUAUGGGGAAAUGUUCAUCACAUAGGAUUGUGUGAAAUGGAGCGGCAACUAUAGUUAUGACGUACAAAGAAAUGCAUGAUGGGAGAUUGAGUAGUGAGAGAAUGUAAGGGUACUCCGAGAAUUAACACUGAGCCAAUAGGCCGAGUGCUUACUGGACCUCGAAGGAGAACAGUUCAGAUACUGUUCUGAUAGAGUUAUCCAGUUCUGAUAGAGUUAUCCAGCGUCAAACUGAAAAAUACAACGAUGUUACCUGUCCAAGCCUCCAAGUUGAUAGAAUGUUGCAGAAUAUUAUCACAAGACACUCGAGCCUCCUGACAUGUUGGAGCAAUGAAUGCAUCUUUUUGAAUGGAAACAAUAUCUUUAAGGUUAUGACACAUAAUUUGAGAUAACGUCACUUUCUUUAUUUCUCUUAAUUGUUCUUUAGUAAACACAUCUUUCUCUUCAUAGUAAAAGCGAUCGCCAUCUCGAAGAUUUCUGAAUUGUUUACUGAGGAUACAGUGGAAUGUCGGUCCAACUUCGGAGUCAGGUAGCGGGUCCUCAGCUAAUCCUGCAAUCCACAGGUCAACUUUAUCUGGAGUUUUAUAGAGUUUCUUCAGAACGUCUCUGUACUUCGCAUUCUUUAUUUCUAAGGCAACAUCAUCAAAUGUUUCAGCAGAUUUCAUUCCACAAAGUUUCCGAUAUGUGUUAUACCCAGAUAGUCCAUGGUCUCGCCCACGCUGAAUGUUAAGAGAAGCUAGAUUUAGUCCAACUAUAUUCUCUCUUUCAAACAAAUGUUUUGUGAGGCCUUCAGCUAGGAAUGGAUCAACGUUUUGAGAAGUGUUUGCAAGCAGACCUAACAAGAUUGGUUCAAUUCCAUAUUUUUGUAUAAAAACGUUAUUAAAGAACAUUUCUUUCAAUGGUAUUGGUGCUCGUACAGGAUUAUAUCCCUUGUCAAGAACAUCAAAAUACGGUCUGAUCAAACUAUGACCAAAUCUGUACGCUGCAGUUGAAAACUCGUUAAGAAUUCCAGGAUUCAGAUCGUAUUGAUAACCUUGGAACGGUAACACGCCAUCAUUUCCAAGAAUUUUUGGCAAAUAGUCUUCAUAACUUAUCUUCUGUAAAAUUCCACCAACAAUUUUCCGAGUUUCCUGGUAUAAUUUUUCAUCGUCCCAAUGGUGAUUUAUAUGCCUUAGAAUUCCAGCAAUUCUGUUAUGUUCUCGAUUGAAGAGUGUAUGCAUGCUCGCCAAACUCAUUUGUUCAUUGACACGUGUGUCCCCAGAGAUAAAGCAGCCACCGCUAUCGGUACACAAUGCACUAGCAUCGCUUUCUACAUCUAGUAUUAGUAAGUUGUUAUUUGUCAUGCGAAGUAGUCCAUCUUUACCUAGAAAUAUAACACAAUACAACAGUUAGCUCUUACCCACACUACUCUGGUCGAUGUCAUUGGUUUAUAUAUUUAUUUUGUAUUAUGUAUAACAGGGAACACACCAAUUUUGCAUUGUGGACUAUAAAAGGCGCGUCUUUGUAGGAAUAAGAGCAACUUUUUUCUCAUGCGGUGCACCACAAUCACCGUUGAUGUAAUUUAAGAGCAGUGGGUCAGUCGCACGAUAGGCAGUCACCUUGUAACUAAACCUGGUUUUCAAUUGCCACGAGAGAAUAAAUCGUGCUUUCGCUAAUUGUGAUUUACAAAAAUAAUGUAUAAAGUAUGAAGAAUCAUAGGCGUAUCCCAAAAAAAAAAUUUUACUACCGGGCAAAAAUCAAUGGGAUAUUCAGGCAAAACAUUAAAAUUUCGGGAAAAUUACGAUAUGUCCUGAAAAUUUUUUUGUAUAUUUGUGAAAAUUACGUGAAGUUAGGGAAAAUUUUCGUCAUGUUUUAUGUUUGCAGACAAGUUUUCGGUAUGUCCGGAAAAAUUUUUUGAGUGACCUCCCCCCCUCGCCAAAAAUUUUGGGGAGAAAUAUUAAUGUUUAGUUUGCCUGUUCGGGCAAACUAUACUGUGCCCAUGGGUAGAAUUUUCUUUGAAUUUAAUUUUCUUCAGCCCGAGCUCAUGUUAAGAGCUUUAUGCCGGCUUGUAGUUAUGUGGAAAUUUAUGUCGUUUACUUCAUUAAUUCAUUUCUUUGUUUUGCUUAAUUUGUUAUUUCUUAUUGUCUUACGGUUGCUUGUUACGUCAGUACAACGAGGCUUUAGUUAGACACACAAAACAUCACACUACCUAGCCUCCGCUGUAAACUUUAUGAACUGGUGUAUUAAUUCCUAAAACCACGCCUACGCUAUUAUCUAGACUGACUGAAAACGCUAAGUGAAAGAGACUUUAAAUAAACCUUCAAGUCUACCAACACCCUGAAUACAAUUAACAUACCAGUUCGUAAUUUCUUAGCCAGAGCCUCAGAAGAUCCAUAUAUUUGUGAUCCAUCAAUAAAUGCAGUUAGAACAUUGAUCUGUUCUCUUGGUUGUAAAUCUGCGGCAUCUGAUUGACACACUGCAGCAGAUCUCGUCAUCUUAAUGCAUCGCGUCGAGUUCUUGGCAUGAACGAUUGGAAAACAUGGUGGAACACUUAUUCGCCUUGAACUAUCACACCUGAAAAUAGAAAUGAUUAAAGAAGUCGAAAUAUUAUGCUCCGUUCACACAGAACCGCGAACUCUAAAAAAGCUGGCUAAGAACCAAAUGAAUUCCAAACCGUACUGAAACUUGGCUUAACUUACUUGAUUUCGGCCUUUCGAGUUUAUAUGGAGCGCAUGAGACCGGACGAAUUCGAACACAGCUAACGGACUGGACGAACUCCAGGGUAAAUAAAUGGAAUUGGGUGAAAUUAGACUAUUGCUUGUGGUUUCGAAUUUGUCCGCUCCUGUGUUAAAGCAGUGUAUGUCGUGCUGGGCGGUCUACUGUAUGCAACCACGGUGUCGGUGUGUAUUUGUAUAGCGUCAGGGAAUUAAUUUUGAAGCCCGAAUAUUUAUAGUAUUUAAAAUGAGGAGAGAUUUUUAAAUCUGUCACAUUCCCUACGAAUAAAUCGUUACGUGUUUAAAUUAGUUACACUAUCAAGCCAAUGUCUUCUUCUACGUAACUGGGAAGAUAUAGCUUCCCACGCCUCUUCUGAUGAGUUUUGGUAUAAUUUCAGUAUUGAAAAAUGGCCUUUGAGCAUUCUGAUUGGCUCCCUCAGCAGGGAGCAACUCUGAGGCAAUAGUUACUGCUCAGACUGCUCUGAGCAGUAGCUAUUGCUUUUCCCCAAAAAAAUAAUGGCU